ACAUGUGCUAGAAAGAGAUAGCAAGCUAAAUACCAAAAACAAUUGUGGUUUAGUAUUUUUGUCAUGUAUUGAACAGUUAUUUCUAGCCCUACCGCUACGGUCACACUGAUUGCGAGGAAAACGUGUGAUAAAGCAAAGAAUCAUGUCUGGACGCGAGGGCGGUAAGAAGAAGCCACUGAAGGCGCCUAAGAAGGACAGCAAGGACUUGGACGAAGAUGACAUGGCCUUCAAGCAGAAGCAAAAGGAGCAGCAGAAGGCCAUGGAGGCGGCCAAGGCGAAUGCAUCCAAAAAGGGACCUCUUGUUGGUGGCGGCAUCAAAAAGUCAGGCAAAAAGUGAUGUGAUACCAGCAGGGAGGAGCCACAAGGAUGUAGCAUUUUUACACACAGAUCAACAACAACACACACACACCAUGUGCCACCGCCGCCGCCAACAGUCAACGUCUUCAUCAUUUUGUGGACCAACAAAUUGCCCGUGUAGCCCAUUGGAAAGAACUUCUUUUUAUACUUACGAUUACCAUUAAAUAGAGAGCAUUGUCACGUCAAA